AUGAAAGAGGCUGCUGAGAAAGAGGCUGUUGAGGAAGAGGGGGCUGAGGAAGAGGGUGCUGAGGAAGAGGCGGAUAAUGUGGAGGAAGAACUGCAGGUGGUGUCUAAUGAUGAAGUGGAAAAGCUAAAGAAARACAUGUUAGAUCUACAAGAAGGAAUGUUGAAGAUCAAUAAAAGUAUGAAAGAUGGUUUUUAA